AUCUCGCUCUUGGCCUACUUGUCGGCUCGAGCUCGUCGUCCGGGGAAUGGUGCGCGAGGUUGCGGUCCUGAAGACGAGAGUUUAGGUUUGCGCGGUGCGGUCGGUGUGUCUGGGAAUGGCGAACAGACCUGGGCCCGUGAGAGGGGCAUUGCGACUGGUGGGCACAGCGGGAGCUGUCGUCGGCGGUGGGCUUCUCGCUGUGUCGUUCGUUUCUUCGGCUUGUCUGGGAGCGUUCCAAUCUUUGGUGGAGGCCAACAGAAAAAAAACAGCUCCUGAUUGCAGUAUAUGCAAAGGCCGAGGAUUCACAGAAUGCAGACUGUGCAAUGGGAGUUCUGUAAUUAGCUGGUCGCCUCUGCUCGAUCCGGCUGUAAUUAAGCCUUGUCUGUGUCCGACGUGCGAUGGCAACAAGGUACAGCGAUGCUUGAAUUGCGUUGGGAGGGGUUAUGUCUGACAAUGGCAUUAGGCUGAGUGAAUGACGGUCGACAUUAUUCACUACAGCUUUCACUAAGUGGAACAAUCUGCAGCAGUAUGUUCGUUCUUUUACAAUCUGUCUACUGCAAGGAUAUUCGGGGAGCUGAAUAGCAUAGAUUGAUAACUUUGUCGCAAGGAACUUGUGGAUUAUUUCCAUCACUGCGCGCAUUAUUAACCUACACGGAACUUCAGUGGCACUUGGAUACUGCGAGAUGCAGAUUCCAUUAGUUCAAAAAGUGUCCGAGUUUGGGAAUUCACUGGAAGUCACCGUCGCACGCCACCUCGACUUCACUUGCGUGCCAAGCCUGAUGUUUUUCCAGCUCCGUCGAAUUGAUUCUCUGGAGAAGAUGAUAUACUUCAAGUUUUCAGCUUAAGACACUGACCAGUGGCUAGUAAUCCGAGACGUGACGUCCGAGAUUACUUUUCGGCUACUACCUUCUGCCUGCUACUCUCUGUCCAGCCACAAGGAAAUGAUGAAGAAAGGUCGAAUAUGAAUUGAUGAUUUAUGUAAAUGAUCUUCGACGAGGCCUGUAAUUGAUUCUUGUAUACAUCGUUCGUUGUGGGCAUCUACGAGCAGAUUGAUUUCAACCUCCUCGGUUGCAACAUACAUUCACUUCUUUUUCUUACCUGAAACAGUUUUUUUAACAGCCCCUGUUGACACAAGGAAAUUAUCUAGAGAUGACAGGGUUUUCAUAUCGGCCGUGGGGUAUGUCACAGCAGCUGCAGCUCUACCAAAGAAUCCAACUAGUGAGGACAACGGAGACUCGGAACUUCCUGAUUUCUCUUCUACAAGGUCACUGAGGAAAGCAAAAGCUGCUUUGAAUACUCGUGCAUCCGCAGCUACUGGACCCGAAAAGUGGCAUG